AUGGACAAGAACAAGAGCCGGCGGCCGAAGCGAGACGCGCAGGAGCUCUGCGCGAGCAUCCCCUCGGCCUCGCCGCCCCGGCGAAGAAGCCGACGCCGCGAUCUCCGGGACCCCAGCGCGACCCCGGACCGCCCUUUCCAGCAGUUGGGCACCCAGGCGACCGCGAACACGCUCGUCCUCGGCCUUCCCGCGUCCCUGCGCGCGGGCGACCUCGAAGGGGGACAACCGGUUCCGACGCAGACGCAAACGCAGCUGCCGAAACCGAGCCUCGCGUUGCCCACGCAGCUCAUCGAACAACACGCGACGUCCUCCUUCGCGGACGUCGACGUCGAGAGCGAGGGAGGCGUCAAGGUGGGCGGCGAUACGUACGAUUUCGAGCACGAUGAGGAGGAGGUGGACGAGGCGCUCAGGAGGAACGAAGCCGCCGCGGCCCGGGCGCUCGGGGGAGAACCCCGAAACUCGGGAGGAAUCGAGCGAGGCGACGAGGGGUGCGUUUUAAACCACGAAUCCUCGAGGUCACCGUACCGCAGACUGGCGGAGAUGGUCGCGGCGGCGUCCAGGCGAGAUGUUGACGGCGGCGCGGCGUCCGUGAACCCCGAUCGCGACCCGCCGGCGGCAGCCGCGAGCCCGGGGGACCCGAAACGGUUCUUCUCACCCGUGGUGGCGUAUUUCGCGCCCGAGGUGAGCAAGACCCGCCGGGGCAUCCUCGGAGACAGGAUCACCGAGAGAGGCGGAGCCGUCGCGAGGGACGUGAACGAUCCGCGCGUGACGCACGUGUUGACCACGUCGACGACGUACCGGCACUGGAACCCCGCGGCGAGGCUGGUAUCGCCCGACUGGGCGCAGGCGUGCAUCCGCGCGGGCGAGCUGAGGCCCGAGGAUGAGCACCCGCCGGCGCUCACCGGCGGCGUGAACCCGCCGGCCAGCCUGAGCUCCUCGCCCCUGCCGCCCGUCGCGUCGCCCAUGCGCCUCGGUCCGCCGCCUUCGUCUCAAGACGCGUCUCAAGGGCACGUCGUCGUCGACUCUGGAUCGGGCGCCGACGGUUUGGUGCGCCCGUGGUUGGGAAAGAAAAGAGGCGCCUUCGCGUGCCAGCGCCCGUCCACCGCGGCUCCCGUCAACUUGAACCCCCACAUCACCCGUCCGCUGGAGGAAUUGGCGGCGAUAUACGAGGACGUCCUGGGGGGCACGAACGCGUACAAGGCGAGGCACCACAAGCAGGUGGCGGGCGCGGUGGAGAGGCUGGAUUUCGUCGUGACGGAUGUGGAACAGCUGUGCGACCCGCCGGUGACUCCCGCGUUUGCGCAGAAGACGUCCACGGUGCGAGAUAAGAUCCGCGAGCUUCUCGCGACGGGUAAGCUCGCGAAGCUCGAGGAGCUUAAACGCAAACCGGACGUCGAGGCCGUACUGGAGCUCUCCGGGGUGUGGGGCAUAGGCACGGAGACGGCGCGGAAGCUCCACCGGGAGGACGGCGUCUCCACCGUCGCGCAGCUUCGAGCGCUGGCGGCACGACAACCGGGAAAGCUCAGCGCGAAUCAGCACGUGGGUCUGAGGUUUUACGAGGAGUUCAAGGAGCGAAUACCGCGCGACGAGGUGGAGGCUCUGGCGGGCCACGUCGAGGACGCGGUCGCGGCCGUUUGCCCCGGCUGCUCCGUCACGGUUGCCGGAUCCUACCGCCGGGGAAAGACUUCUUGCGGCGACGUCGACGUCUUGCUCUGUCCCAGCGAGGAGUUCAUCAGGGGUGGAUCGCAAGGAGCUCCGGGGGCGACGGUGGAUACGGUGGAGGACAUCUUGCCCGCCGUUUUGGCGCGGCUGAGGACGCGAGGGGUCGUGACGGAUGACCUAUCGACGGGGACGGUGAGCUGGAUGGGAGUGGCCAGGCUCCCGGACAGCCGCGAGCGGCUGGCGCCGACGACGACGGACGGGGCCGAAGGCGACGGUGCCGUGGCGGUGGUGACUCCCAAGCGAUUACACCGGCGCAUGGACAUAAAGACGUACACUCCGGAUGAGAUGCCGUUCGCGCUCCUGUACUUCACGGGCUCGGGGUACUUCAACCGGUCCAUGCGCACGUGGGCGGACAAGGCAAAGGGGUUAAGCCUACACGACAGGGGGUUCAACCUGGUGCGGGGCAACGACAUGACCGCGGUGAGGGACGCGAAGUUCAGGGACGAGAGGGACGUGUUCGAGUACCUCGGACUCGAGUACGUUCCCCCCGAGGACAGGAGCGUUUGA